UCUAUUUGGAAACGAAGCAAUUCAUCCUUCUUUCAUAAAAUCUUUCUCCUUCCAGCGUCUCCGAUCUAGCUUGAUUUCUUCCAUUAAUGGAGAUGGAAACGGUUCCCAACGGCAGUUCGCCGUCAUCCACCACCACUACUACCAGCGCUGCCGUCACUACAAACGCCGCAUCCGCAGCGGCGGUGGCUGCUGCCAUCUCACCUAACGCACCUUCGUCAAAACUGAACCAGCUGUCCGAAUCGCUCAAAUUGGAGCACCAGUUCCUUCGUGUUCCCUUUGAGCAUUACAAGAAGGCGAUCCGCGCUAAUCAUCGUAUUGUUGAGAAGGAACUCUCCGCUGUUAUUAAUGGAGUUUCAGAUGCUGCUGAAUCUGAAAUGUCCCGUGAUGAUGCUGUACAUCACCUUAAUUCACUUGUAUCCAGAUUGCAAGGCCUCAAAAGAAAGUCGGAAGAGGGGAGUCGAACAGAGAACCUGCAAGCGCAAAGAUGCAGAGCACGGCUAGAUCAUCUAGAAUCUGCUGAUCCAGAAAAUUUAUCAGACUGGCAUAACACCCGUUUGAAGCGGAUACUGGUGGAUUACAUGCUGCGGAUGUCAUAUUAUAACACUGCUGUAAAGCUUGCUGAAAGCAGCAAUAUCCAGGAUCUUGUUGACGUUGAUGUCUUUCAUGAAGCAAAAAAGGUCAUUGAUGCUCUCCAAAACAAGGAGGUAACUCCUGCUUUAGCCUGGUGUGCUGAUAACAAAUCCAGGCUAAAGAAAUCAAAGAGCAAAUUUGAAUUCCAGUUGAGACUGCAAGAGUUCAUAGAGUUGGUAAGAUCUGAAAACAUGAUGCGGGCCAUUACAUAUGCUCGGAAAUAUCUUGCACCUUGGGGUUCUACCCACAUGAAAGAGUUGCAGCGGGUCUUGGCGACACUUGCUUUCAAGAGUAAUACUGAAUGUACAACUUACAAGGUUUUAUUUGAUUCGAAACAGUGGGAUUACCUGAUUGAUCAAUUCAAACAAGAGUUUUGCAAGUUAUAUGGCAUGACUCUGGAGCCUUCGCUGAAUAUAUAUCUGCAAGCAGGGCUGUCUGCACUUAAAACUCCAUUCUGUUACGAAGAUGAUUGCACAAAGGAGGAUCCAUUGUCACAGGAGAGCUUCCGCAAAUUAGCAACGCCGCUACCAUAUUCAAAGCAGCAUCACUCAAAGCUUGUUUGCUACAUAACAAAAGAACUGAUGGAUACUGAAAAUCCACCCCUUGUAUUACCUAAUGGCUAUGUCUAUAGCACCAAGGCACUCGAAGAAAUGUCGAAGAAGAAUGACGGCAGAAUCACAUGUCCUAGGACAGGCCUCACCUGCAACUACACAGAGCUUGUUAAGGCUUACAUUUCAUGAGUUUCUGUUUUCAUUGGACUUCCAUCAUUGUAGAUCGUGGGCAGUGAUCAACUCCCCCAUGACUUAAUGUUUUGGGGACAAUUGUAUAUAUGGGAACCCCCAAGUCUGCAAGCAGAAAAUUCAUAAUGAUGUGAACUUUAAAGGGAGUUUUUGAUUUGUACAGCAUAUCAGUUGCAUUUGAAUGCACCUGUAAUCCUAAAGAUGCUUUUCACACACUCCUGCCCGCACAACUCAGUUGCAUUUAGUAGGAGAUCUGAAGUACCUGUUGGCUAGUGCUCAGUUGUACAUGUGGGGGCACUCAAGGGUGUGGUUUAACGGUCAAUGAAGUUGAUAGAAACUUAGCAAUGUCAGAGUUAAAGCUCUGGCAUAGACAAAAACCUAAGGUGUUCUCUUUUCAUUUGCCUAAGCUUUGAUAAGUAGAGUUGUUAAA